GUGGUACGAUCUUAGAGCGACGGAGAUGAAUUACGCCAGUCUAAUUUCCGGCGGAGGAUGGCUGCUCCGGCGACUGUGCACUGCGGCCGAGACUCCGGGGAAGAAGCUAAACCUUUAUCGAAUGUUAUCGGCGCUGGAGAUGACCGGAGGUAGCGUGUCGGAUACUUUGGACCACUACAUAAUGCACGGCAGAGCCGUCAGAAAACAAGAACUCGAGAGAUGCGUCGAGCAGCUCCGAAAGUAUCGCAGAUUCCAGCACGCACUCGAGAUAAUAGAAUGGAUGGAGAUGAGGAAAAUUAACUUAUCCCGGAAUAACAUCGCAGUUUAUUUAGAUCUUGUGUCGAGAGCCAAAGGGGUAGUUGCUGCUGAGAAUUUUUUCAGCGGUCUUCCCCCUCCAGCCAAGAAUAAGUAUACCUACGGUGCUCUCUUGAACUGUUAUUGCAAGGAACUAAUGACCGACAAGGCUUUAGGUCAUUUUGAUAAAAUGGAUGAAUUGGGUUAUGUAACUUCUUUGGCUUUCAACAGUCUCAUGGGUAUGUUCUUGAGACUUGGUCAACCCAUGAAGGUCCCUCAGCUGGUGCGUGAUAUGAAGCACAGGAAUAUUCCCUUGUCAGCAUUCACAUAUCAUGUCUGGAUGAACAGCUGCGCUGCUUUGAACGAUCUUGGCGCGGUGGAGAGUGUCUAUGAGGAGAUGAAAAGGGAAGAUGGAAACCAAAUUGGUUGGCAGACUUACAGCAACCUUGCUGCUAUUUAUACAAAGGCUAAGGACUUUGAGAAGGCUGAGAUGAUGCUUAAGAUGCUGGAGAAAAAAGUGAGGCCGCGACAGCGUGACGCGUACCAUUUCUUGCUUGGCCUCUAUGCAGGGAUUGGUAAUCUUGGAGAGGUUCAUAGGGUGUGGAACUCCCUCAAGUCUGUCUCCCCUGUGAUCAAUGUCAGCUAUCUUACCAUGCUUAGUACCCUCCGAAGGCUUAAAGAUGUGGAGGGCAUAACAAGAUGCUUUAAGGAGUGGGAGUCUAGUUGUGCUAGUUAUGACGUGAGGUUAGUUAGUGUUUGUGUUAGUGCUUACUUGAAUCAGAACAUGGUGGAAGAAGUUGCAUUGGUGUUUGAGGGGGCUAGUAGGAGGAGCAAACAGCCUUUACUUAGGAUAAGGGAAACGUUCAUGAUGUUUUUCUUGGAGAAGCGUCAGUUGGAUGGUGCUGUGAGGCACUUAGAGGCGGCACUAUCAGAAGUCAAGGGUGAUGAAUGGCGUCCUUCACCAAAGCUUGUUGGGGCGUUUCUCAAGUACUAUGAAGAAGAGACUGGUGUUGAUGGUGUUGCUGAGUUGAGCAAGAUUUUCCAGGCUAACAAUUUUGAUGAUUCCUGGAUUAAAAAUUGCAUUACAGCAACCGAAUCAUCUCCAGGAAUUGAUCCAAUAUUGAAGGAAGAUUCUCAAGUCAACCAUGCGUAGGAGAACUAGACAUCAUGGAAAAAUAAUUUUGUGUGGAGCGUGUAGGUGCAGUUCAUGUGAAGCUAGUGAUUUGACUAUUGACUUGGUUUCUCUAACAUCAGAAAGUUUCUCCAUAAUCGUCGUGAAGGAAAUGUUUAGUUUUUA